CACAAAUACACUACAAUCUGAUGCACUACACUCUUCUGCAGUACUGCAUGUACUGUGGCACUGUUGUUUACGGGAACAGUCAUAAGAGAUGGUUUACAAGUCAUGCCCAGCGUGUAUGAAACAUGUGCCAUGUGCGAGCAGGUCUUGCGCAGACUGUGGACAUCAAUUUCCAAUUCGAGGGACAAAAUUAAAAACUCCUGAAAAACAACCAGCAUCAUCUUCACCUGUUCCUACAGCGCCAAGGAGACAACAAAAUGAAUCAAAACAUCAAAAUGACAUCAACCACCAACGGAAAAGGCGUGCAUCUCUCCGCUCUCGGGAAAUGUUGGAGAAAAAGAGGUUAACCAUGCAGGCCAUAAGAAUUGCAGAGAAAGCUAGAGGUGUCAGGAAGAAAAGAGCAAAGGUCAUGAAGGGAACAAGGAAAAAUAUAAACAUCAACAUGAGCAAGCGCCCUGGUUUCAAGUUGGAUGGCUCCCAAGACAGACGGUAUAAGAAGAGUCAUCUGAUGUAUCAUAAAGAGAAAGUUGAAAUAAAACCCCCUAGUCCUGAAGAAGUUGUAGAAGAGAAGGAAAGAAUAGACCGGGAAAAGCGAGAUCGUGAACAACAAGACCAUAUUUACAAUACAUUGCCAGCAGAGAAAGCUCUCCAGUAUUCAGUUAUUCUUGCAGAGGUGAACAGGAAAUACCUCAUCCAGAACUUUCAACCAUUCUAGCUAUCUAAAUGGAUGGACAAACUUUUAACCAAAACGGCAUUUUUUUACAGCAAUUCUUAAGGGUUGGGCAGUCCACCGAGACAGGGGUCCUGAGGAAAAUGAUUGGGAAGAUACACUAGUAGAACAUCUCUAGAAGGACACAGUUGUGACUGAAAAAUGUUGUCCUUAUUUCGGCAGUGUCCGGAAGAAUUGAUGAAGGGAUUAAGUUGGAGUGUUUUUUUUCUGCAUUUGUGACAAAAGACGUCUUCAGUCUGAGUCGCUCCCAACCUGUAUGUCCCUAAAUGUUUAAUUUGCAAUAAAUUUGUAUUAUGCAUGUAAUUUGUAAUGAUUUUGUAAUAAAUGACAUAUAUUAUUUAA